UCGAAUUCCCCCUUUCUUUUCGCCAGAGCGAUCCGAGAAGCGUUUGGUUUUGCGGUGAGCAUCGCCGUCUUCUACCUAUGUCGACCGCCGAAGUAACCGAGGUCCCGGCUGUGGCCGCCGAGCCGCCGCCGGCGGAGGUGCCGGAGAUCCCGCCGGAGUCCAAGCCCGCUGAGGAGGAAAAGCCGGUGAGGGAGAAGAAACCCAGAGCCCAGAAAGCCCCCAAGGAGAAGAAGCCCAAGGCUCCGAAGCCCUCCGCCCCUUCCCACCCUCCCUAUUUCCAGAUGAUCAAAGAGGCAAUCUUGGCGCUCAACGAGAAGACUGGCUCCAGCUCCUACGCCAUUGCUAAGCACAUGGAGGAGAAGCACAAAGGGGUCCUGCCGGCGAACUACAAGAAGGUCUUGGCCAUCCAGUUGAGGAAUUUCACCGCCAAGGGCAAGCUUGUGAAGGUGAAGGCUUCCUUCAAGCUAUCGGAGUCUGGAAAGGAGGAGGAGGGGAAGAAGAAGAAGAAGAAGCCGGCGAAGAAGGCCGCCUCUGCCCCUGCUAAGAGGAAGGCCCCUGUUGCUGCUUCGAAGAAGCCUUCAAAGCCUUCCAAGGCUAAGAAGAAGCCGGGGAUUAAGAAAGCCAAGAAGGCGACCCCUGCGAAGCCGAAGCAGCCCAAGUCCAUCAAGUCCCCGGCGGCCAAGAAGGCUAAGAAGGCUACUGCUUGAUGGCGGAGAUAGAUGGUUUCCAUGACUCUGUUCAUCCUUGUAUAAAUAGCUGCUUCAGUUUUCUGUGCACUUGGCCUGUAUAUUUUGGUUGCCUUUCUCUUGUAGCUUACGCUUCUUCCCCCCCCCCCCCCCCCCCCCCUCUCUCCUCUUCUUUUAACUCGUCUGGUGACUAAUGAUAUGGAAGGUCAAUAAUAUGCAUGGUUCCUGUAUAAAUUUCA